AUGGCAGAGAAGAUCUCCAUACUAAUCGUCGUGGUUGACCUUGAUUGCCACAAGUGCUACCACAAGAUCCGCAAGAUUCUUUGCAUGCUCCAAGACCAUGAGAGGAUCCGGACGAUCUCCUUCGACAACAAGAGCAAGACGAUCACCAUCGUGGGGCCGUUCGACCCGCAGCGGCUCGCCUGCAAGCUCCGCUGCAAGGGCGGAAAUGUGAUCAAGGACCUCCACAUCGUCGACACCAACGGCGGCGGCGGGAAGCGUCCUCCGGAGAAGCCGCCCAGAGCGGAGCUGGAGCUGCCGAUGUCGCCCCCACCGAAGGAGAUGCCGCCGAUGAAGCUGAUGGACAUGGCCAUGCCGGUGCCGCAACACCAGCCGCUGCAGCUGAUGCCGGCGUGCCCGGGGCGGCCGCUGGAGCAGCCGGUGGCGGAGUACGUGAUCCCAACGGUGGAGAUCCCAUCGUGGCCUGAGCCACCCGUGGGGCCGUGCGGGUGCCCGUGGUGCGCGCCCUGCCACCAGGGUGUGAGAGGUAGCAGAUGGGGUAGCGAGAGGAGUACUCCUGGUGAAGGGCUUCAUAAUCCUCCCAAGUGGCGAGUUCCAAUGGCAAGUUGUUCCAUUUAA